AUGACCAAUAUGGUUCCUCUUGAAUCCUCACCGCUUUUAGGCGUUUUCAGCUACGGCGGUUGCAGCAGCGGCGGAGGCGCGGAGGUGAUGAUGAUGAGAGAAACAACAAUAAACAACCAAUAUUCUAGUGGAGAUACAUGCUCCGUCUCCGAUCCAACAGUAGCUUCUACUAGUUAUUGUAACAUCUCUUCCUCUCCGGUGACCACGGCCAGCAAAGACGGCGGAUCCGCUGAAAAAAACGACGUCGUUAGUUGUGUUAACUUAGAAGAUCAAGACAAAUCUUGGCUCCGGUUAGGUAUAGGCCCUGAGGAGAAUAAAGACAGCAGCACGCCAUCUUAUAAGCUCCAACGUUGUUGUAGCAAAAACUCAAGUGGAAGAGAAAAGUCGUUAGAGCUCAGUUUGUUCUCCUCAUCCUCAACCGUGGCAGGAGCGGUUAGUAGUAGUGUAGAUCACCCGCAGCAGCCGCCGCAACCGCCAUAUUCUCACGAUCAACUGCUGACGAUGCGUGGAGCGUCGUUGGUUUACAAUCACCAGUUGCUUCGGCCUCAAACGUUAUUAAAUCCCGGUUUUUCUUUUCCAUAUUCAAAGUCGUGGAUACCUCAAUAUACGGCGCCGUUUAGACCGUCAUCAUUAGGGAUGAUGAGUGACCGUGACGUCACUAACAACAAUAGUGUUGCAAGGAAUUGUUUUGUGGAUGAGAGAGGAGCUGGACCAAGCUGCUCCGAGUUUAGGGUUCUUGAUCCUCCAAGAAGACCACAUUCUGGUCUUUGGUUUCUUCUACAAGCUUCACAAUAUCAGUAUGAUCUCUCUUGCCUUUUUCUUUAA